CCCUCGAUCACCUUUGAGUGCAUCGGAGCGUCGCCCUCGAGAAACUGCUAAGAAGAAUCAACACGCAACUGAAAAAAGACAAAUAAACGGGUUGAGUACUACUACAUACGUGAUCUGACCCAACGAAGGGGGCGAGACGUCAUGCCAAACAAGAAAUGCCUCAUUUGUUUCUUCUUCCUCUUUUUCCUCAUCAUCAUCGGGGUCACAGUCAUCUGUCUCAUUGCCAAGGACGGGAUCAAACACGAGGAGACCUACCCCUUCUGGCAGCGAACCAUUGUGUAUCAAGUGUACCCGAGGUCCUUCUGUGACCACGAUGGAGACGGCACCGGAGACCUCCAAGGAAUCCUCAGCAAGGCGGACUACCUGAAGGAGCUGGGCGUCGGGACGGUGUGGCUGAGUCCGAUCUUCUCGUCGCCGAUGGCUGACUUCGGCUACGACGUCGCCAACUUCACCGCCAUCGAGCCGCUCUUCGGGACCAUGGAAGACUUCGACGCGCUCAGGGCGGCGCUGCACGACAGAGGCCUGCGGCUGGUGCUGGACUUCGUGCCGAACCACAGCAGCGACGAGCACGAGUGGUUCGUCAAGUCCAGGCGGAAGGAGGAGCCCUACACGGACUACUACAUCUGGGCGGACCCGAAGGGCUUCGACGAGGAGGGCCAGCCCAUCCCGCCCAACAACUGGCUGAGCGUGUUCCGGGGGCCGGCGUGGACGUGGGCGGAGGAGCGGCAGCAGUUCUACUUCCACCAGUUCCUGGCCAAACAGCCCGACCUGAACUAUCGGAACCAGCGAGUGCGGGAAGAGAUGAUGGUACGAGGGAAAAGCAUCAGCGUGUUUGAAAUGAUGGCGGUGGAAUUCAUGAGUACUUUUUUUGCCCAGCUCGGCAACCACGACAACGGGCGCGUGGGGUCCCGCUUCGGCGAGGACCUGGUCGACGCGCUCAACAUGCUGAUUCUUCUACUGCCGGGGACGCCCGUCACCUACUACGGGGAGGAGAUCGGGAUGUUGAACACCUUCAUAUCGUGGGAAGACACCCAGGAUCCCCAGGCUUGUAACCACGGUCUUGACGGAUACGAGGACUACAGCAGAGACCCCGAGAGGACGCCGAUGCAGUGGGACAAUUCGACCUUGGCGGGUUUUACGACAGGCAACAGUACGUGGCUGCCUGUCAACGACAACUACAAGGAGCUCAAUGUGAAAGCACAACAACACGCAGAAAAGAGUCACUUAAAAAUUUACGAAGAACUUGCUCGUUUGCGGAAGGAGGAAACGUUUACGAAAGGACUUACUGCCUAUCCCGUGAUCAGUAAUGAGGUUUUCACUCUCCUGAGAUACCUUGAAGGCUACGAGAGCUACCUGCUGGUGAUCAACACGUCGGAGGAGGAGCUGGAGGUCGACCUCCACCAGCACGCCAACAUGGAGCUUCCGCCGACGGCCGAGGUCGUCCUGCGCUCAGUCACGGAUACAGCCGAGGAGACCGUCCCAGGGUCCGAAAUACACUUGAGCGAGGUAAAACUUGUGGCAGGAGAAGGUUUAUUAUUAACAUUUACAGAAUAAGGCAAAUAUAUAUGUAUUUUUUUGUCAGCGUCCACUAUAUGUUGUAAUGAAGGAUUGUGCAGACCUAGAAAAUAAAUGAUCGUAUUUA